GAAAGAGUAGCUGAUACUUCUGCAAAAGCUAAUGGGGAUACGAAUAAAUAAACACAACAGUUUCCCUCAUUGCAGGUAGAGAUCAGUCGAGAUGGAGAAAGGUUAUCCCGGGGAUGGUACUUCUGCCCCUCACCCAGGACCUCCCAUGGCCUAUGGGGGGAUAGCCACGGGCCAGGGCCCUCAGCCAGGCUUGUACCCCCAGCCCCAAGGCGGAUACCCUGCCUCCCCUGGUCCUCCACAACCAGGGUUCCAGCCUGGUCCCUACCAGGGAGGUCCCCAAGCAGGUGUGUACACACCUCCACCACAGUACACCUCUGGACCAGGUGGACCGGUGCCAGUCGUGACCCAGGUAAUAAUGACUCCUAGCCUGAAGGAGGUCGGAGGUUCGACCAUGUGUCCCCACUGCCAGCAGCACGUGGUCACCAAGACCGAGACCAACCCUGGCCUGCUCACCUGGCUCAUCUGUGGUGGCCUCUUCAUUGUUGGGUGCUGGCCAUGCUGCGCCAUCCCUUUCUGUGUAGACUCAUGUAAAGACGUGAAUCACACCUGUCCCAACUGCAAUAAUAACAUCUAUGUCUACAAACGCAUGUGAUAUUAAUUUGACCUGACUGUACUACCUUUAUCUGAAGGACUGGGACAUGGCACUUCAAUCAAAUCAACAUUUCUGUUAAUGUAUGAGGUUCGUAUUCACUAGGGCAUGUGAUGUUGGAAAAUGUUUUACAACGAAGAAACAAAAACGAAUUCUUAUUGGACAAGUCCAGAUAGUCCCUCCCUUUUUCAGUCCAUUUUCUUCCAUUUGGUGCCUAAUGAAUACAACCCAGGGGUAGCCAAAAGGGUUAUGUCUAUCCUAUAUAGUCCCUGAGCAGGUGGUGAGCUUCCCUCAGCUCCACAAAAUACUACAUAAUAUAUGCCAUUUAGCAGAUGCUUUUAUCCAUUUUUGUAUGAGUUGUCCUAGCGGAAAUUCAAGCCCACAAGUGCCAAGCUCCAUCAGGUCCCUGGCCAGACUUGACCCUUGAAGUGACUACCAAAGAGAAUCCUGAUACCAAAGACUGGUAGUAGCUGCGCUAUAGCUGUUUCACUGUAGUUCUGUACUCCUCUGAAGUCCAUGAAAGUAAAGGAACUUCUAAACCACUCUACUUAUUGUAAUAUUGUUACAUUGAGAUGUAUAUAUCACCAUCACUUCUUAUUGUAAUAUUGUUACAUUGAGAUGUAUAUAUCACCAUCACUUCUUAUUGUAAUAUUGUUACAUUGAGAUGUAUAUAUCACCCUCACUUCUUAUUGUAAUAUUGUUACAUUGAGAUGUAUAUAUCACCCUCACUUCUUAUUGUAAUAUUGUUACAUUGAGAUGUAUAUAUCACCCUCACUUCUUAUUGUAAUAUUGUUACAUUGAGAUGGUUUUGUUAUUACACUCUUGCAGUUGUUCCCUCACCGAUCCGUUCUCUUUUUUUCCUCUGAACGUUCUACUACUCAUUUGUCAUAAAAUACCAUUGUCAAUAAUUACAAUGGAUCUUAUGGAUCUUAUAAUUACAAGGAAUCUAAUGGAUCUUAUCUUACCUUUCCACUUCCUGUCUAGUUGCUCUGUAAAGCUCUGAUUAAAGUUGUCUGUAUUGAA